CCAGUGGGGACGUGGAAAUCCUGCAGACCUCCGCCGGGACCCGGUAGCCUCCUCUCCUGGUGUUCUCUCAGCCAUUAAACCCUGAGCAGGUCCACAAAGAGAAACUGCGUGUGUUUGUCAACGUGUUUUAUGUCUGUUCGUGUGAGACGGAGCACAGAAGAUAAGGAUGAAACUCAAAGAGAUCAACCGCACGGCCAUCCAGAGCUGGAGUCCUGCUCAGCACCACCCUGUCUACCUGGCUACAGGGACAUCAGCCCAACAGCUGGAUGCCUCCUUCAGCACCAAUGCCUCUUUGGAGUUUUUCGAGCUGGACCUGGCUGAUCGGUCACUGGACAUGAAGUCAUGUGGCAGCUUCUCCUCCACUCACAGGUACCACAAAUUGGUGUGGGGUCCCUAUGGCAUGGACUCCGAUGCUCACCCAUCUGGGGUCCUUAUCGCCGGAAGUGAGAAUGGCAACGUCAUCCUCUAUGACCCUGCAAAGAUCAUGGCUGGAGAGAGCGACGUGAUCAUUGCUGAGAGCGACAGACACACAGGGCCAGUGAGAGCUCUCGACGUCAACCCGUUCCAAACAAACCUGUUUGCAUCAGGUGGGAAUGAGUCUGAGAUCUACAUCUGGGACAUGAAUACCUUUGGUUCUCCAAUGACUCCAGGACCUAAAACACAGCCUUUGGAGGACAUCAGCUGCGUGGCGUGGAACCAACAGGUCCAACACAUCCUGGCCUCUGCCAGCCCGAGUGGCCGAGCCUCAGUUUGGGACCUCCGCAAAAACGACCUCAUUAUUAAAGUUAGCGACCACAGCAACAGAAUGCACUGCUCCGGACUGGCCUGGAACCCAGAAGUGGCCACUCAGCUGGUCUUGGCCUCAGAAGACGAUCGGAUGCCAGUCAUCCAGAUGUGGGACUUACGUUUUGCUACCUCUCCUCUCAAGAUUUUAGAGAAUCACACACGGGGUAUCCUGUCCAUCGCCUGGAGCUUGGCUGAUCCCGAGCUGCUCCUGAGCUGUGGGAAGGACAACAGGAUCCUGUGCUGGAAUCCAAACACAGCCGAGGUGCUCUACGAGUUGCCCACAAGCAGCCAGUGGUGCUUCGACAUCCAGUGGUGCCCCAGGAACCCUGCGGUGCUGUCGGCUGCCAGCUUCAGCGGACACAUCGAUAUCUACUCCAUCAUGGGAGGCAGCAACCAGGCGGAGAGCAAGAGAGAGGCCGACCAGAUAAGCACCUCAUUUGGGAACAUGGAUCCUUUUGGGACUGGACAAACGUUGCCUCCGCUUCAGCUGCCCCAGACCCCUGCCCCUCCAGCUGUAGUAAACCCCCUGAAGAAACCACCCAAAUGGAUCCGCAGACCUGUUGGGGCCUCGUUCGCUUUUGGUGGAAAGCUGGUGUCUUUGGAGAACCCAAAGCCGAACCCUCAGCAGCUGCAGCAGCCCGCUUCCCACGUUGUACACGUCAGUCAGGUUGUAACAGAAACAGCCUUUUUGAAGCGCUCCGAUCAGCUGCAGGCCACUCUGAGCUCAGGCAGCUUCGUGGACUUCUGCCAGGAAAAGAUCGAUGCAGCUGCAAAUGAAUUUGAAAAGACAAUUUGGUCUUUCCUCAAGGCUAAUUUUGAAAGUGAUAUCCGCAGCAAGUUCCUGGAACUUCUUGGUUAUAACAAAGAGGAGUUAGCUCUAAAGAUUUCAGCAGCCCUAGAGGAAAAACCUGCUGAUCCUCCCAAGCCACCAGCUCCUGUUCAGAUUGAGGCGCCUGCUCCAGUCAGCCUGCAGCCUUUACCAGACCUCAGCCUCAUGCAGCCUGCAGACACUCCGGAGGCAGUGUUCGACAUGAUCGCUGCAGCAAACCUUCAGCCAGCUGCCACACUUGAACUGGACUCCACUCCUGAAGCAGAGGGUGAAAAGCCAGAAGCAGUCGAAGAUUUAGAGGAAGAUCUUCUCGCUGAUGAACCAGAAGAAAUUGUUGAACAGGUUCUCGCACUGGGAGACGCUGAGGACGGGAAGGAGGAGGUGGGGCAGGAUAUGGAGGUGGAGGAGGAGGAGAUCCUCUUGGAUGCGGAGACGACAGCAUCAGUGGAAGAGGAGGAGGAAGCGGAGGAGCACAUUCCAGUUGAGACCCCAGUUCCAGUUCAGGAGGCUGUUGAGGUCCCCGCUCCAGUUAAGGAGGCGGCUGAGGUCCGAACUCCAGUUCAGGAGGCGGUUGAGUUCCCAGUUCAGGCUCCAGUUCAGGAGGCCACUGAGGUUCCAGUUCAGGCUCUGGUUCAGGAGGCCACUGAGGUUCCAGUUCAGGCUUUGGUUCAGGAGGCCACUGAGGUUCCAGUUCAGGCUUUGGUUCAGGAGGCCACUGAGGUUCCAGUUCAGGCUUUGGUACAGGAGGCCACUGAGGUCCCAGCUCCAGUUCAGGCACCAGUUCAGACUCUGGUUCAGGAGGCCAUUGAGGUCCCAGCUCCGGUUCAGGCUCCAGUUCAGGUUCUGGUUCAGGAGGCCAUUGAGGUCCCAGCUCCAGUUCAGGCUCCAGUUCAGACUCCGGUUCAGGAGGCCAUUGAGGUCCCAGCUCCAGUUCAGACUCUGGUUCAGGAGGCCAUUGAGGUCCCAGCUCCGGUUCAGGCUCCAGUUCAGGUUCUGGUUCAGGAGGCCAUUGAGGUCCCAGCUCCAGCUCCUGCAGGAGGAGUCAGUCUCAGCAUCAGUCAAGAUGUAGACGGGCUGAUCACGCAGGCUCUUCUGACCGGAGACUUCGAGGGAGCUGUGGACCUCUGUCUCCAUGACAACCGGAUGGCGGACAGCAUCAUUCUCGCUAUCGCAGGAGGGGCCGACCUCUUGGAGAAAACCCAGAAGAAAUAUUUUACAAAAGCACACAGCAAGAUAACCAAGCUGAUCGGUGCAGUGGUGAUGAAAGACUGGCAUGACAUCCUGAAGACGUGCGACCUGCAGAACUGGAAAGAAGCUCUAGCUGCUGUCAUGACCUACGCUCAGCCUGAGGAGUUCUCUUCCCUCUGUGACAUUCUUGGGAACAGGCUGGAUGCAGCAGAGGUCGCUCAGCUCCGAGUCCAGGCCUGCCUGUGCUACAUCUGUGCCGGCAACGUGGAGAAACUUGUGUCUUGUUGGACCAAAGCUCAGGCAGGACACUGUCCCCUCUCUCUCCAGGACCUGGUGGAGAAAGUGGUGGUGCUGCGUCGUGCAGUCGAACAGACCCAGCGCUCUGAUCCCGCUGCUGUUGGCAUCCUUUUGGCCGAGAAGAUGAGCCAGUACGCCAACCUGCUGGCCUCGCAGGGCAGUCUGACCACCGCCAUCUCCUACCUGCCCGACAACACCAACCAGGUUUCCAUACAGCAGCUCCGUGACCGCCUCAGUCGGGCUCUGGGGCAGCAGGCGGUGGCUCCUGCAGCUCCUGUCCAAACCCAGAGAGCUCAGUCUCAGCGACCUGCUCCUCAGGCUCAACACAACUCAGCGCUGCCCCGCCAGCCUUUUACCCCGGUCCAGCCCACCAUGGUGCCUCAGCCCACUCAGCCCACUCAGCCCAGUGCAGCUCCAGUCCCGAUGCAGACACCUGCCUCUGCGCCUGCACCUGCCCAUCCGCAGUAUUUCCAGCCAAUGAGGGCUGCCUCCACUGUCACCUCCUGGAGUAACCAAAGUCCCACAUCCCUCCCCAAUGUCCCUCCUCCUCCUCAAGUAGGCAGCGCCUCAGAGCCACAGGCGGAGCCUCCAAACUCCAUGUACGGGAUGCCAGCCUCCUCCACAGCUUUUGCUGCACCUCCGGCCUCCUCCUUCAUGUACUCCCAACAGUACCAGCCUUACCCUCAGGUCAGCCAGUAUCCACCUGGAGCUGGGGGGGUGCCUGUCUAUCAGCCUCUUCAAUACUCCUCCUCUCAAGCUCCUCUUCCACCUGCUCCUGCAGAGCCCUACUCCCCUCCGCCUCACCCCCCAGGCUUUCUCUCUCAGUACACUCAGCCCGUCCCCUCUCAGCAAGCACAACACUUCUAUCCCGGACAACCUCCCACCAGCCACUGCCUGUCCUCCUCUCCACCCUCACAUCCUCCUUUCUUUCCCCCUGCCGCCUCCUCCUCCUCCUCCUCUUUCUCUGCUCCUCCGUCCUCCGGAGCGUCUUUCCAGCAUGGCGGGCCAGGAUCUCCUGUGUCGUACAUGCCUCCUCCUCCAACAAGCGGAUUCUCAGGGCCUCAGAACGGCUGGAAUGACCCCCCGGCUCUGAGCAGAGCAACAAAGAAGAAGAAGCAGGUUCCAGAGAACUACACUCCCCCUGCACCCAUCACUGCUCCUAUCCUGUCUCCACUGGGUGCUGAUCCUCAGGCGCAGAUGGGGUCCUCUGGGGCCCCUCAGGCCAUGCUCCAGGGCCCACAGGGUGCCCAGAUCCCUUACUCAGGAAUGAGCCAGCAGCAUCAUCAUCAGCAGCAGCAGCAGCAGCCGCCGUUCUCCCCGACAACCAUGAACCCUGCAAUGCCCAAGACAAGUAUGGAGGGUGCCCCGGGAGCACCUACUGGAGAGGUUAUUCAGCCUAUGCGGUCCAUCCCUGCUGAAAAAAUCAUGAAGAAGCCGAUCCCUGAUGAGCACGUGGUCCUGAAGACCACCUUCGAGGGGCUCAUCCAGAAGUGCUUGGCUGUAGCCGCCGACCCCCAAACCAAGAGGAAGCUCGAUGAUGCCAACAAACGUUUGGAAGCACUUUAUGACAAACUCAGAGAGCAGACGCUCUCUCCAGCCAUCGUAGUAGGUCUACACAACAUAGCCAGGACUAUAGAGUCCCGAGCCUACAUGGAGGGCCUCAACAUCCACACCCACAUCGUCAGCAACAGCAACUUCAGCGAGACGUCAGCAUUCAUGCCUGUACUCAAGGUGGUGCUGACACAGGCCAACAAACUCGGGGUCUGACCGGGCCAGGAUAUAAAACCCCACCACCUCGGCACUCCUCCGAGUCUUUGACUGGCGGACAGUGGAGAGAGAGCGGUCAGGGGUCGAGCUGAGGAUGGGCGUUAUAAAUUGUUGGCCGUUGUUUCACAGGGAGCUCCAUUUGACUCAAAUGAAAAUGAUGAAGAAUUGUGAGAUGUAUGAAGAUGCAGUUAAAUUCUUCUAAGUGCCAUUCACCUUUUCUGACCCAACUCAAACACAAGCCAUAGUAUCAGUUGCACUCGCCUGACAGAGUCUGAUUAAAGUUCCACCUCAAUCUGCCAGAAAGUGACUCUAAACAUUUGUUUUUAAUUCAGAAUUUUACUUGUAUGGAUUAAUACGUAAUCUUAAAAUAAAUGGGCAACACUCCCACAGAAGCAUAAUUUAAUCUCCAAACUGACAAGCUAAAUAUGAGGAAUACAGUUUCAACAUAUUGGAUAUGGAAAUGAAAGUAGAUGGAAGUGGAAACAAAUUUGUUGACUAAGUUGAAUGCAAGGGAAUGAAAACAAAUAGGAAAACAACAACAGAUUCAGGAAUUUAAGGGCAUUUCUAUCUAUUUGUGAUGAUCAGUACAAAUAAAUGUGGUAAACCCAAAAAACAACAACCCUUCUUUAGUAGUUGUGCAUUAAUAGAUGACAAGAAUCAUGGAAGAAAUAUUAACUUGUUUCAUCUGUAAAGUCUUUCAAUCGUUGUGCAAUACAACAAUGUUCAGAUCACAGUUAAUAUAAUUUUCUCUUAAAAGUACAAAAUCAUGUUUCACAUAUGAACACAUAGGCAACAGAGGGAUGAGAGCAGAGGAGAAGCUUUUAUUCCUUUAACAGCAGGAGACAGGAAAUGAAUUCAUUUGAAAUCAGAACAUCUGAUUGGCUGUCAUGCUUUGAACCAAUAGUCCCUCCCACAGCAUUUAAAGCAACAUUAAUGCCUGUUUUAUUUUCUUAAUGUGCUUAAUAUGACAUGUGCUAUUACUCUAAACCUGCUUCUAAUGUCUUUCUUUCACCGCUGGUGUCACUACAUGCAACACUUUGGACCAAUACGUUGACAGUGUGUGGGAUAUGUCGACUUAGAGCAAUGCAAGCUGUGUUUGAGGACAUUUUAAUGAUGUUUUAUUUUUGUUGUCUUCUUUUGUUGUCUUCUCUAUGUAAUCAAGAGGCUCCGCUGAGUGCAAUGGACUUUUUUUUUUUUUUUUAAAUGAGACCGUGCUUUUAUGGAAUUUGAAAGUAUGCAUGCUUUAACACAACACUAGAAGUCGUCUGUAAUGGCAUUCUAGGUGAUUACCUGCUAAUUAACCAGACCUCAGAAGGAAACUGGAAACAGACUUGAUUUUCAUUCCAAUGAUGAUGAGGGCUGCAGUCUGAGUGGUCAACUUCGGUUGGUCUUUGUUUUAGAUGGACUACAUGCAAUAUUUUCAAUAAAUUGUAUUUAUUUA